AUGUGGCAACCACAGACGGAGAAACUAGUUCUGUCAGUAACACGACACUACCAGCCACCUGUGGAGACCAGGCUGAAAGAAAAGCAAAGCAAAGGAAAGAACCAGAGAGAAGGACAGGAAGUUAUCUCCACCUCUGGAAAGCUAGAGCAAGUCAGUGACAUCAACUCGGGACGGGAGGCCACACUGCAGGAUGGAGGGAAACCCAAAGACGAGGAGAGAGGGGGAGUAGAGUCUGAAGGAGAGAGGGAGAGAGGAGCUGGGGAUGAGGGUAGGGGAUGUAGAGUCUGA